AUGGAGGGUGAUUCGAACCAACUUCAUCCGAUGGUGGAUGUGGAGGAGUAUGAAAAUGAGGAUUCUAUUGGUAUCAGCAAUGUUGGUACUGAUAGUUCCCCAGAAAAUGAAGUGGCUCAAGAUAUGGUCUCUAAUGAGUUUGCAAAGUCUUUAGAGCUGCAAUGGGCAAAACUGAGUCGGGAUGCAGCAAAGAAUGAUUGUUUUGCCACUUUUGAGAUUGAGAAGAGGAAAUUGAGGAAUUUGUUGAGAGGUUUUCUUAAAGUUAACAUUAUAACUGACAUGUGGACUUCGUGCCAAAGAUUGUAUUAUAUGGUUGUCACAUGUCAUUUCAUUGAUUAUGAUUGGCGUCUAAAUAGGCGUGUGCUUAACUUUUGUAAUGUGCCACCACCAGACACCGGUUUUCUCAUUGCUGAUGCACUACAAAAAAGUUUUCAAGAAUGGGAGAUUGAGAACAAAAUUUCUUCCAUCACAGUUGAUAAUGCAAAGGCAAAUGAUACAUCCAUUAGAGUAUUGAAAGAUGUUUUUAACAGAAGAAAAGCUUUGCUUAUUGGUGGAAAAUUGUUUCAUGUUCGUUGUUGUGCCCACAUAACCAAUUUGCUAGUUCAAGAUGGUCUUGAUGAGAUUUCUCUAAUUGUUGACUGUGUUAGAGAUGGAAUUAAAUGCUUGGUGGCAUCGGAGAGUAGGUUGAUUAAGUUUAGUGAAAUUGCAAUUGGCCUCUAA